AUGUCUUCCACGCCCUCGUCCAGCGCCGACCCCAAGGCCUCACCCGGAGACCAACAUGAGAUGAAGGACAUGUCGCACGCCGCACCCACCCUCCCGGUUGAGGAGGACCUCAUGCAGCUGGCGCGCCUCGGCGAGAUUGGUGCCAUCCAGAAGCUUUUCGACACGGGCAAAUACGAUGCCACCUACCGCGACGAGCAGGGAAUCACGCCGCUCCAUUGGGCCGCCAUCAAUAACCACUACGCACUCUGCCACUUCCUCCUCAACUCGGGCGCUGACGUGAACGCGCGGGGCGGCGACGCCGUAGCCACACCCGUCUUGUGGGCCGCGAAGCGCUGCAACUACUACAUCGUCGCCCUACUCCUCUCGCGCGGCGCCGACCCGCUGCUUACCGACGAUCAAGGCUUCAACCUCCUACACAGCGCCACCUUGGACGGCAAUGUCUUCCAGUUGGUGCUGCUGCUGCACCAAGAUCUCCCCAUUGAUAUCCCCGACGCUCAGGGCCACACCGCACUCAUGUGGGCUGCAUACAAGGGCUUCCCCGCCGUCGUCGAGGUUCUGGUGCGCUGGGGCGCCAACGUGUAUGCGCGCGACGAUCAAGGCUUCACCGCACUGCACUGGGCCUUAGUCAAGGGCAGCGUGGGCUGCAUUCAGAAGCUCGUUGAGUAUGGGUCGGACCGCUUUGCCGAGAACAACGACGGCAAGACGCCUGCCAUCACCGCCCAAGACAUGAAUACUGUCCGCCAAUGGCACAAGGCCCUCUCUGACUCUGGCUACAAUCCCGAUGCUACCCCUAAAUACUUCCCGCUACAGAACUUUGUCAAGGACAGGAGAGCCUUCCUCAACAAGUUCUUCUUCUUGUGGCCCUUCUUAAUGCUCAUAUGCGUGCUUUACAUCUUGAGCCAUAUGGUCAUCUACAUCGCUAUUCCCUUGGCCCUUGGAGCGUCGUACAUGCUGCAGUGGGCCGCGCAGCAGUUGUUGAGAUGGGCACCGGGCGACAUGAAGACGGUACAUAGAACACCGUUUCUAUCCGGCGUUUUUGCUGCCACUCUGUUUUGGGUUGGCGUGCGCUACAUUACACAUGUUCUGCCCUGGACAUUCAAAACCUCACCUUUUACAAAUAUCUUCUUCAUGAUCUUCUACUCCUUGACGGGAUACUUUUACUUCUUAACCAUGCUUUCAGAUCCCGGGUAUAUCCCCAAGUCGAGCUCACGUGCUCAACAGAAAGCUGUAAUCGACGAGCUGCUGGAGGCCCGCAAAUUCGAUGAGGCGAACUUUUGCGUGCACUGCAUGGAAGAUCAUCACUGCCCUUGGGUCGAUAACUGUGUUGCCAACAAUAACCACCGCCACUUUGUGCUGUAUAUCUCCUGCCUGGAGUUGGGAAUCCUUUCACUACUUCGCUUGGUACUGUCAUACCUGACAGCCCUACCGCCGCCGACCGAAACGCCAGAAUGCAACGUCCUCGACCCUGAGCUGUGCUCCACCCUCCACAAGGAUCCGUUCACCAUCAUCCUCACCAUCUGGGCUUGUCUCCAGCUCAUCUGGGUCACGAUGCUCCUCGUCGUCCAGCUCCUCCAGGUCGCCCGCGCUCAAACCACCUUCGAGGCCAUGCGCCACAACCACGGCCACGGCCCGCCAGACCCGCUCACCUCGUUCAUCACGACUGGCAGCACCUCCGCCGUCGGCGGCCAAGUUGAUGCCGCUGGUGCCGGCCCUGAUGGGGCACCAGCACACGGCCGUCGUGGCCACCACAAGGCCGGCUGCCUCGAGCAGUGGAAACGCAUGCUCGGCAUCGACACCUUCAUCGCCACCGCUCUGCACGGUUCGAACGCCCAGGCCGUCCUCGCCCAGCGCCGCGAGAACCCCUUCACGCGCGGCUGCAUCACCAACUGCCGCGAUUUCUGGUGCGACCCGGCCCCGAUGUUCAAGAAGCGUGAAAACGGAGAGGCGGUGCUGGGAGGCGAUAGGAUCAACUGGACGAGGGUGUACGAGCCUCCGCCGAAGAUGAGGGCGAGAAGAGGUGGUGGCGCGGAUGAGGGUGGAAGGUAUGAGAGCGUUGCGGCGGAGGAAGACGAAAUGUGA